UUCACACUAAAGAUGUAAAAUCUGCUUUUUCUACUAUCGCAGAUUCUUCUACUCAAUUUCCUUUGUCGUCUUAAAGAAAUGUCUGGCGGCGACUCGACGACGACCACGGCCAUGGAGAUCGCCGGUGACAAGGUUGAUUCGAAGGACGUUGAGGCAACAACAACAACAGGAGAUAUCGAGUCCCAGAUUCUCGCGGCUAUGCAGUCCCGAGUAACCUACCUCAGAGAUAAAGCAGACAGCCUCACCUGUGAGAGUGUGCGGAGGUUGCUGGAGGAGGAUCUGAAAUUGGAGAAACAUGCUUUGGAUGUGCAUAAGAGCUUUGUUAAACAACAUUUGGUUCAGUGCUUAGAAGGUGCUGAGAAUGAUGAAACUUCAGAAAAUUCUCAAGAAACUGAGAAGAAAGAUGAUGUAGCUCCAGUGAAAGAAGCAGCAACGUUAUCGGAAGAGCACAAGGUGAAAAAAGAUGUCAAGGCAGAUAUGACUGGUGAUGAUGACAAAACAGAUGAUUCUCCUGUGAUGGGACUUCUGACAGAUGACAACACGUCCAAAUCUGUAGCUGAGCAAACAAAAGAUGAGGAGAGCAAAGAGGUCCUUCAGAGUGACAUAAAGAAAGCCCUUCGUAAAAGGUCUUCUUAUAUUAACGCUAAUUCUGAGAAAAUUACAAUGGGUUUACUUCGUCGACUUUUGGAGCAAGAUCUUAAAUUAGAAAAGUAUUCUCUUGACCCCUACAAGAAAUUCAUUAAUGAAGAAUUAGAUGAAGUACUACAAGCUCUUGAAACUACAAAACCUAUAACUAAGGCUAUGGCUCCGAAGAAAACUACAAAACGUAUGACUAAGGAUAUGGCUCGGAAGCCAACUGUAACCAGGAAUGUCAAGAGCACACCAGCUAAAAAUUCAGACAGUGAAGAAAUGUCUGAUUCAGAUGGUGAAGACGAGGAGGAGGACAUGGAAGUAGCUGUGAAAAAGAAGACGGCUGAGAAAAGAAAGUCAUCAAAGUCAGAGGGAACCGGAAAGAGGAAACGUGAAAAGGAGAAAGUUGCAUCUGUGAAGAAGACAAAACAAACAGAUUCACAGAGCGACAGUGAUGCAGGAGAAAAGCCAUCAUCGUCAGAAAAAUCUGUGAAGAAACAGGAAACUCCAACGACUGGCUACGGGAGGCGUGUUGAGCAUCUUAAAUCGAUCAUCAAAUCUUGUGGAAUGAGUAUUUCUCCAUCGGUUUACAGGAAAGCCAAGCAGGCUCCCGAGGAGAAACGCGAGGAUACUCUGGUAAAAGAACUCAAGGAGAUACUCGCCAAAGAAGGAUUGUCUGCAAAUCCUUCAGAAAAAGAGAUCAAGGAAGUCAAAAAAAGAAAAGAAAGAACAAAGGAGCUUGAGGGUAUUGAUACGAGCAACAUUGUGUCGAGUUCAAGGAGAAGAUCUACAACAAGUUUUGUGCCGCCUCCGAAGCCAAUAAAAGCAGAAGAAAGCGAGAGCGAUGAAUCAGAAGAUUCUGAUAAUGAAGAGGAUGAGGAAGAAGAUGAAGUAGUAGUAGGAGAAGAAGAAGAUGAAGAAGUGGUAGGAGAAGAAGAAGAAGAAGAAGAGGACGAGGAAGAAGGCGAGGGAGGUAAUGAAGAAGGCGGAGAGGGAAGUCAAAACGAAGGAGAACCAAACACUGAAGAUGGUGAUGAAGAGGACAGGGAAUAAUUUUAUGAUCGUCUGCUUUGCUUAGCUUUGUCGCAGGAACAAUGUAGCUUAGUUUCUCUGUGUGUUGUUAUAGAGUGGUGAUAUUUUGUACUUCUAGAAGUGUUUAAUCAUGGUCAUGACAUUAGGAUAUGAAUUUUAAGAGAUGCACUAUAACACUGGAUUAGGUUUCAGCUAAAACUUUGAAUGAAUAUGAUAUGUUUUGGCUUUU